AUGCGGUCGAGAGCCUGGAGGUGGGGAGGGGUCUGGCUCUGCCCCCAGGAUGGUGUGGGGCUCUGACAGAGGUGACUGUCCCUGCUGGAGUUGGUGGAGCCACACUCCUGAAGCAGUGUUCAGGCACCUUAAUCGUCCUGUGAGGUGCCUGUGACCUCUGACCUCUUCCCUUCUGUCUCCUGCCACAGCUUAUGUCCCCUGCAAACCCCGGGGGCCCUCCCCAGCUGUCCCGCACUGGACCCUGGCAAGGCCAUUUCACUUUGUCUCAGGUCACGGGAUGUGUGGGCUGACCCUGCUCUAAGGUGUGUGCACGGCCAGCGUCCAUUCAGGACACCCCCUCUUGAACUGACCUAGGGAGGCUCCCUGCUGGCCCCGGGGAGAAGGGGAAGUAGAACAGGUAGAAGGCGGGGCCAGCUCCUGCUCAGUUUUGGUUUCCAGCCACUGGCCGUCAGCUCGAGAACGUCACCCUCUGGCCCUGGUUUAGAAACACAGCAGAGAGGCAGCCCCAGACCCCAGCUGGAGCUCAGGGCAGAGCCAGGCAUUCUGGGGCUGGCCUGGCCUCCUGACCUCUCUGUGAGCUCCUGGAUCCUGCAACCUAGCCGCCUCCACGGACAAGGUGUCCCCUUAUGUCACACCCAGGCCCCCCCCCUCAGCCAGAUCUAUUGCUGCUGUGCCCCCCACUCCAGUAAUAAGGUGGCACCGGGCUUGGUUUACCCAGCGCCCUCCUCACCAAGGGUCUCUGGGCCUUCCCUGGAUGCUGCAUGCCUGGCGUGCGUGGAUGGGGCUGAAGGGGUUGGGGGCACGAGAAGCCCCUGACAUCUUGCUGAGGAGCCACCCCGGACAGGACUAGAGGCAGGAGCCUCAGGGCCUGACCUUACUGGGGCGUGACCUCACCGUGGCCUCUGGCCAGUGAGGGGUGUGGGUGGGGCAGGGAGAGGCCACUCCCUGGGCCUCAGUCAUUCAUUCAUUCACCAGGCCCUGCCACAGGUGGUGCGGCCGCGGCCCGGGAACACACAGCCUGAGGACAAGUCAGCUCACAGUGCAAGGGGCGAUGAUAUGGGAGUGAGGGGGGCCUGGGGGGACAUAACAGGCUACGGCCAGAGUGGGGGUGGCCAGCAAACCCGGAGGAGGAGGAUGACAGGGUCCCGGAACUGGCGAGCCGUGCAGGACAUGCGCAGGUACCGGCACCACUACCCGGAUUUGGUGGAACCGGACUGCAACGGUGACAUGCCAAACCUGAGUUUCUACAAAAACGAGAUCCGCUUCCUGCCAAACGGUUGUUUUAUUGAGGACAUUCUUAAGAACUGGAGGGACAACUAUGACCUCCUCGAGGACAACCACUCCUACAUCCAGUGGCUGUUUCCUCUGCGGGAACCGGGAGUGAACUGGCACGCCAAGCCCCUCACACUCAAGGAGGUCGAGGCUUUCAAAAGCUCCCAGGAGAUCAGGGAGCGGUUUGUCCAGGCCUACGAGCUGAUGCUGGGCUUCUACGGCAUCCGGCUCAAGGACCGAGACACGGGCGCUGUGUGCCGGGCACAGAACUACCAAAAGCGCUUCCAGAACCUGAACUGGCACAGCCACAACAACCUGCGCAUCACGCGAAUCCUGAAGUCCCUGGGCGAGCUGGGCCUCGAGCACUAUCAGGCGCCGCUGGCCCGCUUCUUCCUGGAGGAGACGCUGGUGCAGCGGGAGCUGCCGGGUGUGCGGCAGAGCGCCCUGGACUACUUCAUGUUCGCAGUGCGCUGCCGGCACCAGCGCCGGGAGCUGGUGCACUUCGCCUGGGAGCACUUCCGGCCCCGCUGCAAGUUCGUCUGGGGGCCCCACGACAAGCUGCAUAGGUUCAGGCCCAGCUCUCCACCCCGACAGCUGGCGGGUCCCAAGCAGGCAGAGGGGCGGGAGAGCCCCCAGGACCCCCUCCUCGAGGCUGGCACCCAGGGUUGGACCUGCGCGCCAGGAAGGGAGGGGGGUGGGGACAGCGCACCCCAGGACUUGGGAACCCUGGAGAGGAGCCGGGAAGACACGGCCGGGGGCCGCAGGGAAGAUGGGUCAGAGCCCCCGAGCCCCAAAGAGGGCAAGAAGAGGAAGUUGGAGGUGAUCGGGCGCGAGCAGGCCUCCAAGGAGCCCGGCCCCCAGGGCGCCUCGGAGGUGGAGAAGAUUGCUCUGAACCUGGAGGGGUGCGCCCUCAGCCAGGGUGGCCUCGGGGCGGGGGCCCAGGAACGGGGCAGCCAGGACCUGGGGGAGGCUGAGCAGCCCUGCCCCCGGCCCCCAGCAGCCAGGGUGGCCGAUGAGAUGAGAAAGCGGAGGAAGGUGGACGAGGGUGCCGGUGACUGUGCCAUGGUGGCCAGCAGGGAUGCCCAGACACCGGCCCCGUCAGGGUGUCCCGAGGCCAGAGAGGUCGAAAAUGGGGUCGAGGAGGAUGCGGAAGGCCCGACAGAGCCCAAGCAGGGCGCCCCUGGGAGCCCGUUGCAGGGCCCGGGCCCCAAUGCAGGACCUGCCGCCCAAGGGUGUGCUGGGGUGGGGGAGGCGGCAGGGGAGGGGCCUCCCAGCAGAGCCGCAGAGCCUUAAGGGACAGGGUGCCAGCCAGUGCCUCGGCCCUACUGCAGGAGCCAGAGCCUGGGGCACCCGGUGCCACUCUUCUCUGUACCCGGCAGUGCUGGCCUCUCCCUGGUAGCCCUGCAGGAGUGAGGCCCUGCCUCAGGGAGGGCCCAGGCCCCCAGGAGCCUCGGCGCCUCGUUGCACCCCUACCCCACUGUCCUCUGUGCCCGUCUCUAUAAGUUGACUUUCAGGGUCUGGGGGUGGUAGGGUCCCGUUUUCUUAGUCUGGUGCCAAGCGAGGCCUUUUCUGAAUAAACUCAUUUGACUUUGA